ACGGAGGGGGACAGCAAAGGGGAGGAACGGAGGGGGGACAGCAAAGGGGAGGAACGGGGGGGACAGCAAAGGGGGAGGAACGGAGGGGGACAGCAAAGGGGGAGGAACGGAGGGGGGACAGCAAAGGGGGAGGAACGGGGGGGGACAGCAAAGGGGGAGAAACGGAGGGGGACAGCAAAGGGGAGGAACGAGGGGGGACAGCAAAGGGCGAGGAACGGAGGGGGACAGCAAAGGGGGAGGAACGGAGGGGACAGCAAAGGGGAGGAACGGAGGGGGGACAGCAAAGGGGAGGAACGGAGGGGGACAGCAAAGGGGAGGAACGGAGGGGGACAGCAAAGGGGAGGAACGGGGGGGGACAGCAAAGGGAGGAACGGAGGGGGACAGCAAAGGGGAGAAACGGAGGGGGACAGCAAAGGGGGAAACGGAGGGGGACAGCAAAGGGGGAGGAACGGAGGGGGACAGCAAAGGGAGGAACGGAGGGGGACAGCAAAGGGGAGGAACGGAGGGGGGACAGCAAAGGGGGAGAACGGAUGGGGGACAGCAAAGGGGGGAACGGAGGGGACAGCAAAGGGGGAGAACGGAGGGGGACAGCAAAGGGGGAGAACGGAGGGGGGACAGCAAAGGGGGGAACGGGAGGGGGACAGCAAAGGGGAGGAACGGAGGGGACAGCAAAGGGGAGGAACGGGGGGGACAGCAAAGGGGGAGGAACGGAGGGGGACAGCAAAGGGGGAGGAACGGAGGGGGACAGCAAAGGGGGGACGGAGAGGGGGACAGCAAAGGGGAGGAACGGGGGGGACAGCAAAGGGGAGGAACGGAGGGGGGACAGCAAAGGGGAGAACGGAGGGGGACAGCAAAGGGAGGAACGGAGGGGGACAGCAAAGGGGAGGAACGGAGGGGGGACAGCAAAGGGGAGGAACGGAGGGGGGACAGCAAAGGGGAGGAACGGAGGGGGACAGCAAAGGGGAGGAACGGGGGGGGGACAGCAAAGGGGAGGAACGGAGGGGGACAGCAAAGGGGGAAACGGAUGGGGACAGCAAAGGGGAGGAACGGAGGGGACAGCAAAGGGGGGAAACGGAGGGGGACAGCAAAGGGGAGAAACGGAGGGGGACAGCAAAGGGGAGGAACGGAGGGGACAGCAAAGGGAGGAACGGAGGGGGGACAGCAAAGGGGGAGGAACGGAGGGGGACAGCAAAGGGGAGGAACGGAGGGGGGACAGCAAAGGGGGAGGAACGGAGGGGGACAGCAAAGGGGGAGAACGGAGGGGGACAGCAAAGGGGAGGAACGGAGGGGGACAGCAAAGGGGGAGGAACGGAGGGGGACAGCAAAGGGGGAGGAACGGAGGGGGACAGCAAAGGGGAGGAACGGAGGGGGGACAGCAAAGGGGAGGAACGGAGGGGGGACAGCAAAGGGGGAGGAACGGAGGGGGACAGCAAAGGGGAGGAACGGAGGGGGGACAGCAAAGGGGAGGAACGAGGGGGGACAGCAAAGGGGAGGAACGGGGGGGACAGCAAAGGGGAGGAACGGAGGGGGGACAGCAAAGGGGGAGGAACGGGGGGGACAGCAAAGGGGGAGAACGGAGGGGGACAGCAAAGGGAGGAACGGAGGGGGACAGCAAAGGGGAGGAACGGAGGGGGACAGCAAAGGGGAGGAACGGAGGGGGACAGCAAAGGGGAGGAACGGAGGGGGACAGCAAAGGGGAGGAACGGAGGGGGACAGCAAAGGGGGAGGAACGGGGGGACAGCAAAGGGGAGAACGGUGGGGGACAGCAAAGGGGAGGAACGGAGGGGGACAGCAAAGGGGAGGAACGGAGGGGGACAGCAAAGGGGGAGGAACGGAGGGGGACAGCAAAGGGGAGAACGGAGGGGGACAGCAAAGGGGGAGAACGGAGGGGGACAGCAAAGGGGAGGAACGGAGGGGGGACAGCAAAGGGGAGGAACGGAGGGGGGACAGCAAAGGGGAGGAACGGAGGGGGACAGCAAAGGGGGAGAAACGGAGGGGGGACAGCAAAGGGGGAGAACGGAGGGGGACAGCAAAGGGGGAGAAACGGAGGGGGACAGCAAAGGGGAGGAACGGAGGGGGACAGCAAAGGGGAGGAACGGAGGGGGGACAGCAAAGGGGAGGAACGGAGGGGGACAGCAAAGGGGGAGAACGGAGGGGGACAGCAAAGGGGGAGGAACGGAGGGGGGACAGCAAAGGGGAGGAACGGAGGGGGGACAGGCAAAGGGGAGGAACGGUGGGGGGACAGCAAAGGGGGAGGAAACGGAGGGGGGACAGCUAAGGGGGAGAAACGGAUGGGGGACAGCAAAAGGGGGAGGAACCGAGGGGGAACAGCAAAGGGGGAGGAACCGAGGGGGGACAGCAAAGGGCGAGGAACGGAGGGGGGACAGCAAAGGGGGAGGAACGGAGGGGGGACAGCGAAGGGGGAGGAACGGUGGGGGGACAGUAAAGGGGGAGGAACAGAGGGGGGACAACAAAGGGGGUGAAACGGAUGGGGGACAGGAAAGGGGGAGAAACGGAUAGGGGACAGCAAAGGGGGAGAA